UGUUGAGUAGUUGAGUUGAAUAUAGCGAGCGCUUGUCAGCUAAAUGAAUAAUUUUGCUGUACGGGGUGUAUGAAUACAAUUGUGGCUGGUUCUGGAAUGAAGAAAAUGUGUGAAUAAGAAUUUUUAAUCCGCUUAUGGUAUUUUGUGUGCUAAAAUUAUGAUUUACAAAUUAAGCAAAUUGUAAAGUGAAUAAUUCGGUUAAAGUGUAAAAUUCAAACUGUUUUUUGGUGGCUAAGUGUUUGGUUGUGUGAAAAAGGUGCGCCACGCACGUAUGCAGAGAAGUCGGUUGCUUUCGCCUGUACUUCGACGAUCCUACAAGAAUAUUCUGGUGCAUGUUUACAAGAUUUCUGCCGAACACAAUUAAGCGCCGCAAGUGCGAAUAAGAAUAGCAAAACCAGACAAACUGAAAAGAUUUCCGAGCUGAUAGUGUAAUCAAAGCCGGUACAGCGGCGUGAAUGUUGGAUGUCAAUGUGGCUCGUAACUCGUGAAUUGCCAUUUGAAGAGCCAUUGUCAAUUCAGCGAAUGCUGUAGAAAAGUCCGUGUAAUAUCGAGCAGCUGUUUUUGAAAAAUACUUGGAUGGGAAGUGCGUGUCAUGAAAUCGAAUGCAUUAAUUCAAGCAGCAACUGUAGAGAGUUUCUUCGCCUGCUGAGUGGUUUGUCUGAAGUGGCAACAAGAAGCUUGAAUUGAAAAAGAGGCAUCCUCGGCGUUCAAGUAGACCUGUAAUCAACAAACACAACAAUAGAACAACAAAAUAAUAAGCAAUUUGCGUCAAAUCAAGAGUAGAAGUGUGCAACGCAGUGGUAUGAAAAUGUAUUACUGAUAAUUAAGCUAGACGCAUACGCACUUACAAAGCCGGUAGUGGACUUAUUCAAAGCAGAAAUCACCCUUUCGUCAUCGACAAGUAAAAUAAGCUAAAGUGAAAAUGUUUUUGCCAGUUAAAUCAAAUGUCUCCACCGAGAACAAUUCGUCGGGUGGCAAUAAUGAGGACGUCACCACCACCAGCAACAAUUCCACCCAAACGCCAAGCGACUUAAGUCCACCGGGCCCCAAUGAGGAGGUGCUGCCACAGGCGCAUCAUCAAAAUCCUGGGCAUUGCAUCGCCUCCUUUGCGGCCAUCAAUCAAAUGCGCAACAACACGCAGCUGUGCGAUGUUUCUCUGGAAGUGGGUGGCGAAACUAUACAGGCCCAUAAAGUGGUGCUUGCCUCAGUGUCGCCAUAUUUCUAUGCAAUGUUUAAUGAUGAUAUGCUGGAGCGCAACCAAGGCGCGGUACGUUUGCAUGAUGUCGAUGUUACGGCGCUGCGUCAACUCAUCGAUUACACCUACACAGGUGAGAUCACCAUAACCGAGGACAAUGUGCAGAUGUUGCUACCCGCCUCCAGUUUGUUACAAAUUCACUCAGUACGCGAGGCUUGUUGCAAAUUCUUGCUACGACAGUUGCAUCCAUCCAACUGUUUGGGCAUACGAAGUUUUGCUGAUGCUCAUUCCUGCAAGGAACUACACACACGUUCGCAUAAAUAUGCGCUGCAAAAUUUCCAGCAAGUCGUCGGAACCGAAGAGUUUUUACUUCUGCCUUUUGAUGAGGUCAAAGAUCUGAUAUCGAAUAAUCAAUUGAAUAUUUGCUCGGAAGAGAAAGUGUUUAUUGCUGUGCUCAAUUGGAUUAAACACGAUUUGGCCGAACGUCAGUGCCACAUUGCAGAACUGAUGAGCCACGUACGCUUGCCAUUGGUAGGACGUGACUUCCUAAUGACCUGCGUCGAGACAGAGACACUCAUAAGAGAGGAUUCCCAAUGCAAAGAACUCCUGCUCGAAGCCAUGAAAUAUCAUUUACUGCCAGAACAGCGCAGCUUGAUGAGCAGCCAACGCACACAAGAGCGCCGGCCGGAGGGCAUGAAAUCGUAUGUGUUUGCUGUGGGUGGCGGCAGUCUUUUUGCCAUACACAACGAAUGCGAAGUGUACAAUCCGCGCACCAAUGCUUGGACACCCAUUGCACCAAUGUUAUGGCGCCGUUCACGCUCUGGCGUAACGGCACUACACAAACAGCUCUAUGUCGUCGGCGGUUAUGAUGGCGUAAGCGAUCUGAGCACAGCCGAAUUCUAUAAUCCAUUGAAUAAUAAGUGGACUAAUAUUACGCCAAUGGGUACCAAACGUUCAUGCCUAGGUAUUUGCGCGUACGAUGGACUGCUGUACGUUUGUGGUGGCUAUGAUGGGGCCUCAUGCCUUAGCAGCAUGGAGCGUUAUGAUCCGCUGACAGCCAUCUGGAGCUCGUGUCCAGCAAUGAACACGCGUCGACGUUACUGCCGCUUAGCUGUAUUGGACAAUUGCAUUUACUCGUUAGGGGGGUUCGAUUCGACCAACUAUCAGUCGAGUGUGGAACGUUUCGACCCACGUGUGGGACGUUGGUUCCCCGUACAGAGCAUGACAGCGCGACGCAGUAGCUGCGGUGUGGCCUCCUGCGAUGGCUUCUUAUACUGCAUCGGUGGUAAUGAUGGCACGAUGUGCAUGUCCAGCGGAGAACGAUUCAAUUUAAGAAGGAACGCGUGGGAACCGAUCGCAGCGAUGCAUUCAAGAAGAUCUACGCAUGAAGUCGUUGAGGUGGAUGGUGCACUGUACGCCCUCGGUGGCAAUGAUGGCUCAUCCUCGCUCAAUUCAGUAGAACGUUAUGAUACGCGCCUAAACAAAUGGACAGUAGUCAAUUCGAUGGUAGCACGUCGCAGCUCAGUAGGGGCAGCAGUGCUAGAAUGCUUCCACCUCGAACGCGGACUGGUACAAACAACGAACUUAUGACCUUUGUCGACCAUAGCAGAAACUUUCGCAGCGGCUGCAGUGGCAGCCGUUGUAGUUGGAAAUGGUAAUAGCAGCAGCGGAACGAUGACGAGUGGCAAUGGGAAUGGCGGUAACAACAACACCGCCACGACAUCAUUGAAUAGUGUUACAUCAACGUUAACCAACAACCUUAUCGUGCCGGGGCGCGCUGUAAGUGGGCGUAGCAUGUUGGGUGCAGCCGAGGUGAGUGGAAGCAUUGGCAGCCUGAUGAGUAGUAGUACGAGUGCGCUCAGCACAUCGGCGCCAACGACGACAUCAACUUUGCGACGACUGCGCGAACGCGAAAGGGAGAGAGAAAGAGAGCGAGAUAGUAGCAGUGCGGAAAAUCGAGUAAACAGUAUUGCGACGGGUGCUGGAGGAAUCGGUGGCAUAGCAGCGCCCGGAGCAGGAGUCACAGGCAUCAAUAGCAAUGGCGGCUGCGGAUCGGGGAAACCGCCCUCAACGGCCUGAUGUUUGCGUUUCAAAUGAAGGGGAAGGGAGAUAUAAAAAGGAAGAGAAAAAAAAAAUGAUUGAAGAAAGGAAAUGACGGUGAGUGAGAGGCUAGAAGAAUAUGAAGAAUAAGAGAAAGAUGUUAAAGCAGAGUGAGAAGGAGUUGUAGAAGAGAGCAGCAUAGCAGUAUUUCUAGUCAAAAGGCAAGGUACGCAUGUAAAUUUGUAUGGUUUUAGAGAAUGUAUUGGAUGUAUGGAGAAUAGAAUGCGCAACGUAAAGGAAGUGGAACGAACUCUCUUUAAAAAAAUUAAAUUAAUUCAUGAUUAGGUUAUAGAGUGUGUUGAUGACAUUUUCUACAGACAUUUUUAAUUACGAAACAAAUAUUUUUUACAAACGUUCAUACAUACAUACAUAAAUACACAAUUAUAAUCACACAUAAGCGUGCAUUAACUAAUCCUAUACAUACAUACAUAAACAUUUAUGAAUAAAUAAUUAAUAAAAAAUAUUAUUACAUAAGCGCUAAAAUACUGAAAUAUUAAAUACAAAUUUAACACUUUACUGCCCUUUAGCUAGUUUUAUAAAAUAAAUUUUGGAAAUAUUUCAAAAUGAGUAAGGGUAUUUAGGGAACGUGUUGCAUACGAUUUUGCAUUUAGUAAAAACAAAAUGGAACAAAAAAAUUAAUAAAUAAAUAAAUCAAUUUUUUGAAGCGCAGCAAACGGAGACGAAUAGCAAAAAGUCUAAAAAUAUGAAUUGUGAAGUUUAUAUAUUUUUAAAUUUUUUGCUUUAAUAAUAAAUAAAUUAUGAAAUGAAAUCGUAUGUAUUUGCAUACGUUAGGGCGCCUGAC